CUCUACUUUCACGUGGCUUAGUGGCUAAAGCCACUUCAAGAAAUUGAUUAAUGAAACUCGAGACUCUCGGUGUUGCCAGUGCUGAUCUAAAUGGCAAUGAUAGCUUUACUACUCGGAACUCUCGUUACUACGGCUGUCCUGGGAUUAACCCAGGGAGAGACAUUAUCCCGAGGCUCUUCAUUUCUAGAUGGCGGAUCUAAGAUUGGCAUGUAUGACGGAUCCGUAACGAACAUCAAGAAACAUCCAUAUUUGGUUGCCUUGGUGACGAGUAACUACGAUAUCGGGUUCUACUGUACCGGCAAUAUUGUGACUGAUAGUUGGGUUAUAACUACCGCCUACUGUCUCCAAGGCGAAGUGACGUCAUCCCUGACAGUGAUCGCUGCAACCAAUGACCCGACAGUGGCUGGAGGGCACAAGUACGGUGUCUCCACUCUGAUACAACACCCUCGAUACGGAGCAGCCACUGGCUGGGAGGACUACAACUACGGCUGUGUUAAGGUUUCGGGGAAGUUCCAGUGGUCGGAGAAAGUCAAGCCCAUCAGGCUGCCAAAAGCCGAGAUCCGUGUGAACACCAACAUGAUGGUCGCUGGUUGGGGUGCUACGACUCGUGACGAUGAUGACCCUACACAUCCUCUGAGACAGGGCAGGAUGAGAUGGUAUGACAAAGCUAUCUGUGCCACAGAGUACAAAGUAUGGCUCAACCUUAACUGGACGGAAAGGAUGGCAUGCGCUUACAAUCGCGGCAAGACUACGCUCUGUCGGGAGGACUUCGGGACUGGUCUGGUACACAACGGAGUAGUAUAUGGGAUGUUCUCCGGGACCGGGGACUUGUUCUGCUCUGAAUACUCGAGCCCCGCUCUCCUGGCUGACGUGAAGGCCGGUGCCGCUUGGUUCAGAAAGAUCACUGGGGCCAAGUAAGACCAAACACCGGUAAACACUCGCUUAGAGCGAUAUUUAAAAAACAAUUUAAAUUUUUUCAUAACCAUGCUGAACAAUGAAUGAGUAAUAAAAUUCUUUUGCACGUAAA